AUGAAGAACAAUAUGGAUGCAGGCUGGUUUUAUUCUCGCAGCCAAGUCGUCCGUUAUUUUUCUACACGCUUGUCCAGUCUCGUGCCUCCCAAAACCAAAGUGCGCAAUCCCAUCAGUAUCCUCCGUGAACUGUCCAAGCAACAAUGGCUGCUUUUCGCUUGUGGAUUUCUUGCAAGGGCUUGGGAUUCUUUUGAUUAUUAUUCCGUGUCAAUGACAUUGACAGAACUGGGCACAGCCUUUGAUACAGAUAACAAGUCGCUUUCCUGGGCUCUGACUAUUACGAUGAUGCUUCGACCUAUUGGGGCUAUUAUCUCCGGUAUUUUUUCCGAUAGAUAUGGUCGAAAGUGGCCGUUAAUUAUCAACCUCGCCAUGCUCAUAAUUUUGGAAAUGGCGUCCGGUUUCUGCAAUACUCUACCUCAAUUCCUAGGCGUGAGGUCAAUAUAUGGGAUUGUUAUGGGAGGCAUAUUCGGACCGGCGGCAUCGACCGCUUUAGAAGAUCUUCCCUACGAUGCCCGAGGUGUUCUUUCCGGACUAUUUGAGCUCAGCUCGGCGCUGGGAAACCUCCUCGCCGCAGCAGUAUACUGCGCUCUCGUACCUACAACACCUCACGGAUGGCGAAGUCUAUACUGGUUUGGUGCUGGUCCUCCAAUGUUUAUCAUCGCCUUCCGUUGGUGGCUACCAGAGACAAACUACUUUCAGGUUGUAAAAGCCGAGCGCGAGGCAAAGGCCCUUCGAGUCACCUCAUCGGCAGAAAAUCAAAACACCACUCCUUUGAAGGUCUUUGCAAAAGAUGCUGGCAAAGCAUUCAAAGAAAACUGGGUCUUGCUCCUUUAUAUCGUUUUCCUCUUGGCCGGUUUUGCCUCUUGCGCUCAUGGCAGUGCCGACUUUUACCCGACGUUCCUCAAAAACCAGGUCCAGCUAAACACAAAGCAAACAACGAUAAUUACUAUUGCUGGCCAACUUGGGGCCUUCGUCGGCGGUGUCACAAUGGGAUAUAUCAGUUCAUUCUUCGGGCGUCGGUUGGUUAUGAUCACCGCCUGUAUUUUUGGCGCGGCUCUUAUCCCCGCAUACGUUCUACCUCGAAGCAUGUCAUUGACAGCGAGUGCCUUUUUCCAACAGUUCUUUGUCGGAGGUGUUCUUGGCCCUAUCCCCAUUCAUCUUCUAGAACUUUCACCGCAAGCUAUACGCAGCCUGAUAGUAGGACUAGUGUACCAGCUUGGUAACCUUGCGGCCUCUGCAACCCCAACUAUCCAGGCUGUCAUUGGCGAAAAUUUCCCUCUGCCGCCCGCGAAAAAUGGCGUGGAGAGGGUCGAUUACAGCAUUGCGAUCGCCAUUUUCAUGGCUGCUGGGUGGUCUUACAUGCUUUUUUUCCUGGUACUGGGGCCUGAAAUGUCUCACGAGGAAAGAAAACAAGAGGCCGAAGCUGCAAUCAGCCGGGAAAAGAUCAUGAAGGAUCAAUUGGAGUUGGCACAGAUUGAGAAGACCGGUGUUAUCGAGGGGCAGGCUGUCGACUGGGAAGAUAAAAACGUCAAGGAACCCAGGGUAAAAUGUGUCGAGUGUUCCCCCUGA